UGUGUUCACUCUUUCAACGUCGUUGUGGAGAGCGGGGACUGCGCCCGCGACCGCGGUAUCAAAACAAAAAAAUAUUACCUUAGCAUGCGAGAUCCAGAUCGGAUAGAGAAGAACCUUCGGGCGGUUGAGGGAGGAUUAUUUUUGGGAAGUGAACGGAACGAGAGCAUGACCCAAAACAGUAAUACUGCAACCUGGACGAUAACCCAAAGCAAAGAAAAGAGAGAACGUCGGUUCGAGAGUGCAACUCAGUCAAUGAAUUAUGCGAGACGCCGCCCUAACGCCACCUGGACCGUGAGCGAGGCCUUGAGCGAUGCGCUGGUGGGAAAGAUUGAUGGCGGUCAUCCCAAAGGGGAAGGAACGCCUUUGACACUAAUUGCCAACCAUCCCUGCUUAGCUCCUUCCUCAAAUCGACAAGGAACAAGGGGAAAACAACAAUGGGCACCUUUCAGGGGUAUUUUUGGGACACGCAUGAUGGCAUUUGUAGCUGACACGCCAAGUGGUAGUGCAGUGGUACAUGCAGAUAGCCAUGCUGAUUUGACGCUUGUCAUUCUGGGCCAUGUCGUCCUUCUGCCCAGCGACUAGGCCCCAAUUGCUACUCCGUAUCAACCUCACCUCGGCCUCACCACAGCUCUAUACUACGUACGACUUAACUACCUCUAUACACUGCACACAGCAACAGGACGCCAGUGACACCCUUGCUACUGCUUCUCUCAUGCUGCUGUUGCUCCUCACUGCCGGGUUCCCCCAAAAUGGCAUUAGCUAAUGUCGAGACCUCGGUCAGGGUCCCCUGGUCUCCCCCCAGGCAUCACUGCUGCACCUACCAAUAACUCCAGCCUUGGCUUGACGGCUUGACGUCUACAGUGGGCGUACAUGUUAGUGUGCGGAAAAGAUGAAGCCCGAUGAAUCGUGAAAUUGCUCAAUUCGGAUGAGGCCGAGCUUUCUAAGGACAGAUUAGGAUGGAUCAAUUCUCUUCUGGGGAUGCCUUUGGCUGUC